UAAGGUCACAGGCCGUUACUUGAAGGUAAUAAAAUGUUUAAAAAUUUAUUUCCGUACAAAUAACGCAGUUAAAUAUAACUAAUAAUUAAAGUUUUAUUCAAAAAAUGAAAAAUAAAAUGAAGAUUUUUGUGUCGAUUUUCAUCAUUUGUUUGGCUUCGAUGGUAUAUGCGGACUCGUUACCAAAACCAGAGAGAAUUCGAGUUUCUCAAAGAACCAAAACUUCAUUCAAAAUUAACUGGAGAUCGCCGAUAACACAGGAAUACACGAGAUACACUGUAAAGAUUUCUCCCGAAGCUAUCAUAUCUGAGCCAGCAAAUUUAGGUGAAAGCAGUCGAACUUUUACCGAAUUAGAACCGGGUGAAAGAUACAAUGUAUUUGUUCAAGGAUUUACUGCUGAUGGACAAUCAUCAUCCGUUUUGAAGUAUGAAGUAUGGACAAUACCAGACGAGCCCACGGGGAUGGAGUUAUCUGCAGUUCAGGAGAUCGCCAUCUCGAUAUCCAUAAUGGGUAUACAGACCAAGUUUACCGCAUUUGUAGACGGUAUGCAAGUCGAAUGGAAUGAUGAUUCUCAAGAAAAAAUGGUUUCUGGAUACGAUCUACAAAUUGAACCUGAUGAAGGAGUAAUUGUGGAAUCAGACGAUGAAGAGGCCGCUGAUAAAAUGACCCGAAUUGUAACAGGACUAACUCCAGGAAAAGAGUAUUCUGUUGCUUUGAGAACCAGAGUUGGACCAGACUACGAUCCUGUUUACAGUCAGUGGGUUCGAAGCAAAAUGAGAAUGCCCCCUGCGAUACCAUAUGCACUCGAAGCCGUCGAAACUGAGCCAACGUCAGUUCUCCUAAAAACCCACGGCCCACUGGAAGGAAUCCAUGACGAUCUUACGUUCGAGAUGGCACCAAGGCAUGGCACCAUCGGUGAUGCCACGCAAGAUCCAAACUACCCGAUGUUCGAUCUCUAUCAAUGGCAAGGACUUAGACCAGGAACAACUUAUAAUUUGAAAAUGUUUGCCGUCAGUAAAAAUGUAAAAGGAUACGCACCGAAGACGUUAACAUUUAGUACAGCACCUGCUCCACCGCUGCGAAUUCGAGUCACUGAUUAUGAUCACUAUUCCGUCACACUUCAAUGGGCCCACGCCCACAAAUUUACAGAUUUUGACGAAGUGCAAUAUAUGAUCGAGUUUUCCUCUACACCGGACGGCAAAACACAAUUUGCUUCAGUUAAAAACUUCAAGUUUGACAGUCAAGUAGUUGUCCAAAUACAAAAACUGAUACCGGGAACGAUAUAUAAUUUCCGCGUCUUCACAGUACUAAACGGAGUGAAAGGAGCAGUUCCAGCAGAAGUUGAACAAACUACAAUCCCAUUGGAACCAACACUAAUGAAGCUAAUUACUGGAAGAGAUACUGGAAUAAAGGUAGCGUUCGGCCCACCUAUUGAAGGAGGUUGUCCACAAGUAAAAGUAUUCUACAGUCCCUCUGUCAAUGGAGAGAAAGUCACACCGAAAUAUUACAAGCUAGGAGAGACCGUUGAGUAUUCCGAUGUUCCGACAGAUGGUAGAUAUAGUGUUCACGCAAGAUGCGUAAGUCUGAACGUCGAAGGUCCUGAACUCGUUGUAACUCCAGAGACCGCACCAGGUGAUGUAGAAGAGGAUGACGCAAAAUCUGAAAGAAGAAAAAACGACACUCCAACAAAUGGAAAGAGGCCAUUGCUAUGUGCUUCAUUGGUAUCGACAAAUCCGAAUCCCAAACCUGACAGUAUUGCACCAAAUGCGUGCUGUAAUUUAAGACCUUACAACACAGCAGAACGAGAAUGUUGCGGAAAUGCUUUAUUGGAAAAAGAGGGUGAUCGACUUUGCUGUGAUGACAAACCAUACAAUAAAAGAUUUUUCAUGUGUUGCGCGGAAGGAGAAGCAAGAUUUUUACGAUCACGAAGAGAAGGUUGCGCCGUUCUGACUCCCAUUCCUUAGAAAAUGAAGACUUGUUUUCCUAAUUCUAAUUAUGUACCGGCACCCUUGAAUUGAAAAUGGUUGAAGCCAAUAUUCCGAUGUCUAGAACAACCUCUAUAAAAUUAUCGAUUUUGCCGAAAUCUGGCGUUAUUCAGGAAGAAAAAUACCUAAUCCCCCAAAAUGGGAAACAUUAUUAUUCUAAAUUUUACAAAGGUGUACCCAUUUUCAAUUUGUGUGUCCGAUAUCUAGGCGCGCAAAAUCGCAUGUGAUGUUGCAUCCCGAUAGACCAACUGUUGAUGGAUUAGUAUAGUCUACUUAAUUUACUAUAUCUCGGGUGAAGUGGUGGCUUAUGUUGCUCCAGGCAGAAAUGCAGUAUUCGAACUGUAGAACUAGCCUCAACAAAUCGUGCGGGAUUUGAUUUUUUAUCUUGUAAAACACGCUUGUUUUUUUUUCGUUUCAUUUUAAUGUAUUUUUAAUAUGUUUUAAACUUUUUAUUAUUCCUCUGUCAAAAAUAAAUAUGUCUAGAAGGAUUA